AUGGACGAAGACUUAAGCGAUUUAAAAUUCGAUAUCCCAAUCGACACUGCAUCAACUUCGACUAAUUCAUCAACAACUAACAAGAAAAGCAAGCAAUAACCUCCCAAACCAAAAGAUCAAUUCUAAAAUGCUCAGUAUUAGUUAGGUGCUACUAAUGACCCAGUAAAUAGCACCAAUUAAUCUAAAGAUGAGGAGUCUGGGACAAUGAAACUAAUUCCAAGUUUCCUAACAAACGCAAGCAAUCCAGGAAUCUGUAUGCUUACUCUAUUAUUUAAGAGCGGAGCCAUAGGUUCUUACCUUCUAUUAAACCUAUUCAUUUCCAAUUUGAUUAUGGUCUAUAUCAUAGUCAUUGUUCUAUCAGCAUUCGAUUUUUAUGUAGUUAAGAACAUAACAGGAAGAAUUCUAGUUGGACUGAGAUGGCAAUAAUACAUAGAUGAAAACGGCAGAGAAUAGUGGAAUUUCUAAUCAUUUGAUGAGCCUGCCAAACUAGACAAUAUUAAUAAGAGAGUAUUUUGGAUUAGUACAUAUGUGGCACCUGUAGUCUGGGCUCUUCUAUUCGUAUGGUCACUUUUAUCUUUCAGCCCAACUAACGCAUCAAUAUGCAUCUUCAGUUAUAUUAUGACUUUCACUAAUCUAAUGGCCUAUAUCAAGUGCGAGAAGAAUUACAAGCAAAAGAUGAGUAGCUUCAUAUUCGAUCAAGCCAAGAGUAGAUUAUCUUUUGGACAAUUAGCUAAGUUUGGAUAGUUCGCAUCCAAAUUCACUGGGAAAUGA